CAGACUGACCACGCACACCAUACACAUACUUUUUUUCUUCUUCUUUUUCGAAUCUUCGGAUCCACGAACCGCGGAGUGGGAUCGGUUCGGAUUACGGAUCAACCGUGAUCCGUUGCACCACUAGUUACAGUACAAUAAAGUAGUUUUAACCGCACUUAAAUAUAAUGCAUUACAAUAAUACAGAAGAUCAUGGGUGUGCAGGGUAAAUGGAGCUGUUUUCUGUAGCAGAGUAAGAGUCCAGUGCAGGGCUGGGUGUUGUUUUCCUGUAAAUCACACUAGGAACCAUUUUAAAGGGGAAGCUGCUCGCUCUGUGCUUUCUGUUUCCUUCUUAGGCUGCGGCAAUGGCUGACCAAGAGCUAAACAGACAAGAAGAAUUUCUGAUAACUCAACAAGGUUUCAGAGAAAAUGCCUACAAGAUUAUCAUGAAGAUGAAUGACUGGUCUAACAUGACUCCAGGAAGUAAACACUUAGUGGAUGAGAUUCUUCACAGCAUCUUCUUUUUGGGUAAAAUCAAUGAACCCUCCUUUCCCCCAAAUGAAAUCUUCUCUGAUGACGAUAUUUUGGAAGCCUUAAUGGAAAAAUAUCCCAGACCUUUUCAGUUCUAUCUGACUGAGCUUCCUAGGCGGAGUCCGUUCUCCUGUGUGCUCGACAUGAUUGUCCUGCGGGAAAAUCCAGAGAAUGAAGAGCAAAUAAAGCAGAGUCUGCAAGAACUCAUCAGAGACCUAGCUCCACAAUUUCUGGUCUCCUCCAUCAUCUGCAUUUCUCAGAAAUCCAACACCGACCAAAAUUCAAAGAGGUACUACGGAGUCUCCAUGUCCACCAACGGUCCUAACCCAGGGAAAAUUGUGAUUGGUGCCUCCUGUCUUAGCAAAUGGGAUGAAUAUGUAUCUGGUGCAGUGAUGACCUAUUAUCCAAAAAAGAAAAAGAAAGAAUACUUUGAUGGAACCAUCAAAGUACCUGGAAACAUCAGGUGUGAGGCAUUUAGUCUCAGUCGUGAUGAACAAAUGAGCCCUUGUAAAUCAUGUCAUAAUUUGUUUGGCUUGAACACACAAGAAACCAAAGAGUGGCCUUAUGGUAACUGUGCUGAACCCGAGAGCCUGAGCAACUUGCUUAAAAAUGAGGAAGAAGUUAAAAAUACAACACAUGUACAUGAAUACUCAGCUGAAAACAGGCAGAGAGCUGAGAGAGAGGUUCGUAAGGAUCUUCAGGCAGUGUUGAGAACGAUUCACUUUAACACCUGGACAGGUGAAUUUUACAACCCAGAGUCAGAGUGAGAUGUCAUGAAAUCAUCUGCAUAAGGUGACCUGAUACAUCUGCUUUGAUAUGAUUCUGAUGAAUGAAAGAGGCUCUGCUCUGACAGCAUCAGUGUGGAUUUGCUGUAAUCACAGACACACAUUAGCGCGCUCAAACUGUUUAUUCUCCAGCUCUGUGUAAUGUGCUUUGUAGAAAUUAUAAUAACAAUAAAUAUCAGCAUGUAAAAAUGAACUGUGCAAAAAACUAAAAAGGUGUUUCAAUCAAGUUAAUAAUAAAAUCAGGUUUCUAUAAUUUUAAUGCAAUAUGAAGCAUGCGAGGCAGCAAUUAUAGGGAAGAAACACGUCUUUAUACUGGUCUAUACCCAGGAUGCACAGAAAAUAAAACCUUUUUUUUUCCCUUUUAUGAUCCCAUCUAUAACCUCUUUCAUAAGUAAAAGCAUUACAUGUGUAGUUAUAGUAGUUGUAGUAGUUAUAGGACUAGUUAUAUUUGUGCUCUGUAAAAUGUAACUUGUUUCACUUUAACCCUGUAAAGUCUCAACCAUGAAAUAAUUGACAGAAAUCUCAACUGAAGUGUUUAUUGAACCUUCUAACAAAUACAAUAAAUAAAUAAAUUGCAUAUGUGA